UGUGACGAAUUUCUAACUGAGGCCGGUUCUGCCCCUAGCAGUCAACAAACAACAGCGACACGUCAUCGACGAGUAAUGUCUCCGCUAAUCCAGAAGUUUCCCGAUGAUAGGCGGAGACCUGCCUCAGGCCUUCCAAAUGUUCUCGAAGCAGAGCCGUAUCUAUAUAAGCGGAUGAUUUUUAAGCAGCAGUCAGUCAGUCAAUGAACGAGCCGCGACGCGUGAUAUAAUUGUAUUCGAAUCGGAUUUAAUGAAAUGUAUAUAUUAGUUAUCGAAGUUAUUAUGUUUAGUUAAUUAAAUCAUAAAUUUGAGUUGUAAAUAAAUUAGAUGUGUUAGUUGGUGUUAUUUGUAAUUAUUAAAAUAAAUAAGUGAUGUAAAUAAAAUAAUAUAAUUGGUUCGAGAUGGUCAUGAAAGAGCAGAUCCUUCUCAAUUUGAGCUCCUCAAAGUUCUGGGUGAAGGAUCCUUCGGGAAAGUAUUUCUGGCACGUAAAGUAGUUGGAGCUGAUGCUGGAACUUUAUACGCUAUGAAGGUAUUGAAGAAAGCUACUCUCAAAAUUCGAGACCGCCACAGAACAAAGAUGGAACGAAAUAUACUAGUGGACGUAGAGCAUCCGUUCAUAGUAAAACUACAUUACGCUUUUCAGACUGAAGGAAAACUAUAUUUGGUUUUAGACUUCUUAAGAGGAGGGGAUUUAUUUUCUAGAUUAAGUAAAGAGGUUAUGUUUACUGAAGAUGAUGUAAAAUUCUACUUGGCUGAAUUAGCUUUAGCUUUAAACCAUUUACACUCUCUUGGGAUUAUUUAUAGAGAUCUCAAACCGGAAAAUGUGUUAUUAGAUUCAGAUGGCCAUAUAGCACUAACGGAUUUUGGACUUUCCAAGUUACCUUUAGGAGAAGGAAAAGCGUACAGUUUCUGUGGAACGGUGGAGUAUAUGGCACCUGAGGUUGUCAACCGACAUGGACACACUUUUGCUGCCGAUUGGUGGUCAUUUGGAGUCUUGAUGUAUGAAAUGCUAACAGGUGUUCUUCCGUUCCAAGGUGCCAAUCGCCGAGAAACUAUGAAUCAAAUUCUUAAAGCUAAGCUUGGAAUGCCUGCCAACCUCAGUCCCGAAGCUCAAAGUCUCUUGAGGGUUUUGUUCAAGAGGAAUCCAGUUAACAGGUUAUGUUCUGGACCAGGGGGAAUUGAGGAUUUAAAAAAGCAUGAAUUUUUUGCAACCAUCGAUUUUGAAUCACUAUUAGCAAGGAGGAAACGCCCUCCUUUCCAGCCAGCUGUAUGCGGUCCCGAAGACGCGUAUUUCGAUUCAGAGUUUACUAGCAAAACGCCAAAAGACUCACCUGGUGUGCCUGCGAGUGCAAAUGCGCACGAGUUAUUUAGAGGAUUUAGUUUUAUAGCUCCGUGCCUAUUGGAAAACGGAAAUGUGCCAAAGAAAAUGGAAACCCCAGUAAAUUCAGUAAGAACAAGUGAUCGAAACUUCUUUGAUGACUAUGUUCUAUUAGACGAGAUCGGAGGAGGUAGUUAUAGCGUUUGUAAAUUAGGUAGACAUAAAACCACCGGACAUCAAUAUGCUGUUAAGAUAAUAAAGAAAACUCUAUUUGACUGCCGAGAAGAGGUUGAAAUUUUAUUAAGAUAUGGUAAACAUCCUGGUAUAGUAACGUUAAAAACAGUAUAUGAAGAUGUAACUUCAAUUUAUUUAGUACUUCAAUUGCUUAAAGGAGGCGAUUUAUUAGAUUGUAUGAUGACGAAAAAACGGCUCACCGAAUUUGAAGCUGCUGCCAUAUUAAAAACUCUAGCUACAACAAUCGCGUACUUACAUGAAAACGGUGUAGUUCAUAGAGAUUUAAAGCCUGCAAAUAUUCUUUUUGCUUCAGAAGACUUCUCUCCUGAAAGCGUUACGGUCUGUGAUAUGGGUUUCGCCAAACAGUUAAGAGCUGAAAACGGACUUCUGAUGACUCCCUGUUACACAGCCAAUUACGUGGCCCCUGAAGUGUUAAAACGUCAAGGAUAUGACGCUGCAUGUGAUAUAUGGUCAUUAGGAGUCAUAUUGUAUAUAAUGUUAUCGGGAAAAUGCCCUUUUAGUACAACAUCUAAAGACAGUCCAGAGAAGAUAUUACAGAGGAUUGGUUCCGGUAAAGUAGAUUUACAGAGCGGGAGAUUAGCCGAAGUUAGUACUGAAGCCAAAUUGCUCGUAACAGAAAUGUUACAUAUAUUACCCGAACGUCGUCCGACAGCUGCUCAGAUAGUGAAAAAUCCGUGGGUGAAGCGUGCUUCAGCUUUGUAUCACCAACAUCACAAAAAACAACCCCACACACCAGAUACUGGCUCUAUCGCACAAGAACCUCAUCUGAAGGAGGCGGUCGCUGCAACCUUCAGAGCAAUAGCAACUUCACCUCAAAUAGCUCAUCUUGGCCCUGUAGCCAUGUCAGAACUGGCUAGGAGACGAUUUAGGGAUAAGGCUCUAAAUCCAGUAAGAGAAUCCAGGAAAGAGGACUGCGUCCCGUGAAAAGGUAUUUCGGUUCAAGAAUUGUUUCGUCAAACUAAACUUUUUGAAUAUGGUUUUAUGAAUAUGGUACACUUGAAAUAUUAAAAAUGUAUUUGAAAGAUUAGGAAGCGCAUUGAAGAGACUUCGCUUCCAUUAAUAGUACAUUUUAUGUGGCGCUUUUUUAUUAUUUCAGUUAUUUGAUUUCUAAAUGUUCAACCACACUAGUACCCCAAUAAUUGUAUACAAUAAACUAGUAUUGUUCUGAAGCUAUUUCCUUGUGGCAUUUUUAUAAUUACGUAUUUUUUUUUAUGGGAAAUAAGCCACAAUUUUACUAAAAAAUGAAUUUAUUAACGUUUCGAAGCCCAAAUCGGGUUUCGUUGUCAAAAUACAAAAUUUUGUAUUUUGACAACGAAACCCGAUUUGGGCUUCGAAACGUUAAUAAAUUCAUUUUUUAGUAAAAUUGUGGCUUAUUUCCCAUAAAAAAAAAUACGAAACUAGUAUUAUACAAUUUUACAUAACUAUAUACAUGGUUCACAAAAGUACAAAUAAACUACAUCUGAAUACACGUACAUACAAUGUUUUAAUAUAGCUUGAUGUUUGUGGACUGAUUUCUAAGAUAAGAUAAGCAAAUCUUCUCUUUUCACACGAGACAGCUAUACGAGGUAUGUCCCAAAAGUAUCCGAUCUUUGUUCCUGACUGCAUCAUGUUUUAUUCGUCUCCAUCCACGAAUGGCAUCCUAAGAUUUAAAUACCUACUUUCAAAGAUUUUCUUUCUAUCUUUCUGUCUUCAGUAGUAUCAUUGUACUCGUUUAAAUCGUCUCUAUGGUGUCUCUAUUGCGUCGAGAUGUUUUUUUUGAAACUUGCAAAUUUACAAUCUACUCUGUACAAAGGAGUAUUAAGUAAAACUGAUAAAUUAUGUAAUGUUUUGUAGGUAUUAUGUAAUGCUUAUUCACCACUGUAUUCACUAACACAAGUGUCACACAAGCCUUCUGGCCAAUCUCUUGAGUCUUCGAACUGGCAAGGGACGAUUGGUAAGCGUGGAAAUCAGCUCGUUGUUGUGAUUUUUUUUCUGUUUGGUCGCAUGCAGUCCAAUUACGUCCUUUAUGAAUGGUAUUUUUAAGUCCUCAUGUAAUGUUUGGUUUGUAAUAUACCAGGGUGCAUUUGCAAUGAUUCUUAUAGUUUUUGAUUGGUAUGUCUGCAGAAUUUUGGUGUUUGAUGGUUUCGUACAUUCCCAUAGUUCAAUCCCCUAGGUCCAUAUAGGUUUUAGUAUUAUUUUGUAUAUUGCCAGUUUGUUUUCUAUGGAUAAUUGUAAUCUUCUACCAAGAAGGCAAUUCAUUGGUCUGGUUUUAAUUGGAGUUGUUUUUUUUUUGCUUUAAGGUGAUACAGUAGCGAUCAACAGGUAGCAAAAACGCGUUCCAAGAUUGCGGCUGUAAUUUUGAAUAUUUUUUCGAGAUAUUUGGCACACGUAUUCGUAAUAUAAUAAAGAAUGGCGGUACAGAGCCCAAUUUAAAAAACAGAGCCUGUACCGCCAUUAAGAAGAACAAAAAAUACACUUUCUUCAAAUAAACUUUUUUAUCCGAUGCCUAGAUUUUGUGUCAUUUUGGAACUAU